GCCACCCUGUGGACACGUCGGGUCACUGCGCUGUUUAUUUCAGACAGGCACCUUCUCAGGCAGCACUGCGGGGUCCUGUUUGGAGUGAAUGGAAGCUAAUAAACAUUUGUUUUUCGUGUCUUAAGAAAAAUCAGCUUUAUACGUUGACGUUUAAAGAGCGUGUCGCUUACCAGCGUGUCGCUGCCGCUCAUCUUCCAGCUGAGAUGGACGGUUAUCCUGGCGUCAUCGGCGACUCCACUAAGCACCAAGAAAGACAUUACUACCUGUUAUCGGAACUGCAAAGCUUAGUCAAAGAUUUACCAAGCUCCUUCCAGCAGCGCCUGUCCUACAACACGCUCAGCGACCUGGCUCUGGCGCUCAUCGACGGGACGGUCUAUGAGAUCGUACAGGGCCUGUUGGACAUCCAGCACCUGACAGAGAAAAAUCUGUACAACCAGAGGCAAAAGCUGCACUGCGAACACCAAGCGCUCAAGCAAGAUCUUGCAAGAAAGCACAAGGAAGCCCUUCAGUCAUGCAAGUCUCACAACCUUGCGCUUCUCAAAUCAAACCAACAAGCGGAGCUGGAGUCUCUGGAAACACGUGUACGGGAGGAGCAACGGAUGAUGGAUAAGAAGAUCGUAGCAGAAAUGGAUCAAAAGGUGCUGGACCAGCAGAACACCCUGGAGAAGGCUGGAGUCCCUGGGUUUUAUAUCACCACUAAUCCUCAGGAGCUCACCAUGCAGAUGAACCUACUGGAACUGAUCCUCAAGCUUCAGCAGAAGGAGACCCAGCCUGGAAUACAAUGAGAAUGAUGACAAACAGCCUGUAUGUAAACAGGAGCGAUAGAUACAUCCACAGGGCAUCUGUUGCUGUCACCGUGUGACAAGAGCUCCGAGAGCAAACAAGUGCAUGGAAAUGUGGAUGUUGUUCUAUUGCCAUCUUAGGUGAACAGGACAAGCUGACCUGAGCAGCAUUCAAGCCCAGGGGGAGAGCAGUAGCAGGCUGUGACAGCGUGUACAGAGCUUAAGACAUAAUAUAAUGCAAGCACCCAAAGACGCUCUUGUAAUAUUGUUGUCUCUACAUAAGUGGCCUUCGAGGGACGUUUUGUUGUCCCAGUUCUGAGUAGAAACAGUGAACCGACCUUUACCACUGACCUCACAUGUGAAAUACUUCACCGUCCUCCUGAUAUUGCAAAUUGAUGAUCUUUGUCUGUUCGGGUUCUGUUUUAAAUAUACUUAAUAUUUUGAUUUAUUUUCAAAAAUGAUUUCUCUCAUUUAGUCUUUACUAUUGCACUUGCUUUUGUACUAGAAGAUAUUGCAGUGUUUAAAUAACCCCAAGCCAUGUGUUUAAAAUGUCAGCGAACAUGUUAGAUACUAUAGUGCCGUCUGAGGAAAACCAACACAGGUAACGACUCAGCAGACUUCCAUGAGUUUGUGUUUUGUCAGAAGUGAACCUGUUAAUACUGAUGCACAUGUUUUGUAGGGAUGCCUUUAUUUAUUUAAAGAGCUACUGAUGCACACGUUUUGUAGGAAUGCAUUUCUUUAUUUAUUUAUUUAAAGGGCAGAGGAGAUCAAACACCUGUUUGUUUGUGCUCCUUUGACCAAAACCAACAGUUGCUGUCUUUAUUAACUUCCUUUGUCCAGACUGUGGUCAACGCUUCUAAUUGACCACAACAUGAGAUAAUACUGACCAUAUUUAUUUCGUCUUACUGUCUAUGUUGAUCUCAAAUAAAUUCUCCGUAGACCUACA